AUAAAAUAAAAGCACCUCUGACCACAUAGAGUGGUCCAAUAAGAAAUACUCUUGCCAUGUCACUUAUCACAGCGUAUUUCGUCUUCUUAUGUCUAUACUUGGACAAUGCUUAUGCAGGUAAAAAACACUACGACAGGGAAUCCCGAUAUAUGCCACCAAAUACAUCAAACUAUUGCUACUAUCCAGAAAGGAAGAUUUAUGAUUGGGAACUUACACCGAUAGAAUAUUGUAAAAGACCUUGCGAUGGAAAACCUAAGCUAUGCCACAUAACUUUGUACAUCGAGCAAUUUACUACUUAUGGAGUGGCUUGUCUAGGAUGUCCUGAAAUCAUGGAAAACUGUUUCAAAUAUGGAUGCAUAUCAGCCAAUGGCUAUCCAAGAGCUAUUAUCUCUAUUAAUCGACAAAUGCCAGGACCACAGAUCGAAAUAUGUCAGAAUGACACCUUGGUGGUUGAUGUUGUGAAUAUAAUGCAUGAAAGUACAACAACUAUACAUUGGCAUGGUCUUAGACAAAUGGAUGGGAACCAAUAUUAUGAUGGUGUGCCUUAUAUUACGCAAUGUCCAAUACCACCAGGGAAUAAAUUCAGGUAUAUAUUUAAGGUCACUGAGUGCGGAACAUUUUGGUAUCAUUCCCAUACAGGUAUGCAAAGGCUGGAUGGUUUGUUAGGAGCUUUAAUUGUAAGGUGCAUUUUCGAACCUUUGAAAUAUUUGUAUGAUUUUGAUAAUAUUUCAAUAUUGAUCAUUGAUUGGACUCUUCAUCCUGCUAGAACUCUAGUGUCUGGAUUCACAAUACAUAAGCAAAAUCUUUCACCAGAAACAAUUUUGAUUAAUGGGAGAGCACCUCAUUAUAAUGAAUCCUCUCAAAAGUACUUGCCAGUUACAGUUUUUAAUGUACAACAUGGUAAAAGAUAUCGAAUCAGAAUAAUUGGAACUUGCAGCUAUACAUGUGCUUAUGCAAUUCAGAUUGAAAGUCAUCCUGUGACUAUUAUAACUCUUGAUGGAGGGCAUAAGAUCAAACCAAUCGGCUGUGACACAGUUAUUGUUAAUGCAGCUGAAAGAUUUGAUGUCAUAUUGCAUGCUAAUCAAAGUAGUGAUCGAGUUUACUUAGUCUUAGUAGAAGGUGUUGGAAACUGCAAAAAUGUUAAAAGCUAUGCUGUAUUGCGGUAUAACAAUAAAACUGUCAACUUUAAAGAAACGGAGCUAAAAUAUAGGACUAUGUUUCCAUUAAAAUACAAUAGAACUUGCAAUGCUAUUGAAACAACUUGUGCUCAGACAAGAUCUAAAAAAGAAAAAGCAAAGGAUAUUUGUAUUAUAGACAUGGAGGGAGAUUGCAGUACUCCUCCAAUAGACCCCUCAAAUAAACAUAUGUGCCCCAUAAGCAAGACAUAUAUUUAUGACUUCUCUCUAGCUCCUAUCACUAGGGAUCAUUUUGAAGUUAUGAAAUAUGAACAGUAUUUUAGACCCGGACUAUAUUCCAUAUUUAUAGCAACAGUAAAUGAUAUAAUUUUUUCAAAUCCUUCCACAACUUUACUUGGAUCUGCAAAGUACAAUCCUCCAGGAACAUUCUGUAAUCAUACAUGUAUGGACAGAAACAUAGACAAGAAAAUGCCUUGUGAAUGUACUGCUGUUUAUCCAGUUCCCCUUAAAGCGUGUGUUACACUUAUCAUGAGAUUCAAAUCUAAUUUUCUUACUCAUCCAGUUCACAUCCAUGGAUAUAAUGCACAAGUUUCAUUUCAAGAAGGUGGUCCAGAGUAUGUGAAUAUGUCAGAUGAACAAUUAAUAAAGCUUGCACAUAGUAAUCGAACCAAAUCUCGCUGCCGCCCAAUAAAAGAUGUGAUUACAGUGCCACGUCAAGGAGUUGUCAUAAUGCAAUUUGUAGCUGACAAUCCAGGCUAUUGGUUUAUACAUUGCCAUUGGUCUUUCCAUGGGGAGCUCGGUAUGGCAUUAAUCAUGAAAGUGGGAAAUUCCCACCAGCAUCCUCCCAAGCCUUUUGGCUUCCCUUCAUGUAGAGAUUAUAUUCCUCAAUGUAUAAAAUACCAUUAAAAAUUAUAUUAACUUUAUUAAAUUUGAUUUAAUUUAAAUAACAUAAUUUUACAGAUUAUUAGCUAUCGGUAAAAAAAUAAUACAUUUUUUAAAAUAUUGAGUUGAUAAUUUUUAAGUCAUUUUGAUAAGUCAUAAUUAAGAUUGGUCUGUCAAUCAGCUCAGUUGAGGUUUGAAAUCACAGAGAUAGG